CAGGAUUGUGGCACAAAUAUAACUCCAUACAGAAUCAUCUCUUGUUGCACUGAACUACAGAAGCCGAUCGUCUCCAGGGGUCGGUGUGUUGUCAGUGGGUGCUGUACAGCCAAGCAGUUGGCACUACGAGGGAACGUUGCCAGUGUCGUUGGGAGGAGAAGCCAUGGCUGAGGAGCUGCAGGAACUGAGGGAGCUGGUGCAACAGCUGCAAGCAGAAAAGGACCGACUGCUACAGGAACGGUCAAGUGGACAGCCAGCGCCGGGUUCUUCAGCUGUUCCAGCAGCUAGUGACUCUGUGCCUGCUCCUGUUAAUGACUCUGUUUCCCUUGAGCGUCUGGUUUACCUUCCCAGGGAGAGAAAGUGUCCCCUGUUUAGAGGUCCUCAUGGUAUUGGGAUACAGGACUGGGUAGAAGAGGUACAAGCUGGCAUGAGAGCUAGGCACUUGAGACCCCAGGAACAAGCCUAUUUUAUUUUUGACCAUUUGGAAGGUGAGGCUAAAGGCAAAAUUAGGUACAGGCCCCGGGCUGACCGAGAGGACCCAGAACGAAUUCUUGUAAUUUUGAAGGAGCUGUAUGGUUGCACCAAAUCUUAUGUUUCCCUGCAGGAAGAAUUUUUUCUCACGCAAACAGUUGGAGGGUGAAUCAUUCCAGGAAUACUCACAUGCUCUCUUUUGUUUAAUGGAGAAGGUUGUUGCUAGUGCUCCUGGCCGAGUGCCCAAUUCUGCUGCUUUAUUACGUGAUCAGUUUGUAGAAAAUGUUAAUGAUUCUGCUCUUCGCAGGGAACUUAAGCGGUUGGUGCGUGAGGAUGCUGGCCUGUCAUUGCUUGACGUCCGUACUGCCGCCAUUAGGUGGGAACGUGAGGGUAGAGCUAACAGCAGUAAUCAGAGGUACUCUGUUUCUUCCCUGUGUGCACUACAAAACUCGAAAGUGAGCCAAGCCGACCCCCCCUUUUCAUUCCACCAGUUUACAGAUAGCUGAGCUGGCAGCCAUGUUACAAAAACAGCAGGAACAGAUUGAUCAGCUGACUAAGAACCUAUUUAAAAAGCAGAUACCCCCACGGUCAAGGCUUAGUAGAGAUCAGGUAAUCUGUAGACGGUGUCAGCAAUAUGGCCACUAUGCUAGUGACUGUGACAAUGAGAGGGUCCCUGUUCAACCCAGGAAUGUGGGGCGCAUCCAAGCUGCAGCUACUAGCACCCCUCAGCAGGCGGAAAACUAGCUCCCUCCAGUGUUCGGAGCCAGAUAUGUGGAGGGGAUCUCAGUGGCUCUGUGGAUGAGGUGGUGGACAGGUUAAUGGCCCCAUGCCCCCAAGUAACAGUUAAACUGGCAGGUGUAGAUGUCAAGUGCUUGUUGGAUACCGGUUCUAUGGUGUCCACUGUUGUAGAAAGCUUCUUUAGAGAAAACUUUCAGGAUAAACUACAGUCUUGCCAUUGGUUACAGUUAAAAGCUGCUAAUGGGUUACAGAUCCCAUAUAUGGGUUAUUGGGAGCCUGAUGUCGAAGUGUGUGGGAAGAUUAUUCCUAAGCGAGGUAUACUGGUAGUGAAUGAUCCCCCUGCGAACACCACCACCCCUGAGGUCCCUGGAAUUUUAGGUAUGAACAUCAUUCGUAGCUGUUAUGAUGAGCUUUUUGAACAGUACGGCCCUGACAUGUUCACCCAUCCCACCGUGCAGGCUACUCCAGAGCCGUGGCAGCGAGCUCUGCGAUUCUGCCAGCAGGCUGCACUAAGGGCCUCUAGUGUAAGGACAGGCACAGCUAGAGUUCGUGGUAGGAGACCAACCCAGAUCCCGGGUGGCACUAUCCAAAUUGUAGCUGCCACCUGCUCUGCUCAGGUUGGGUCCUCCGGUACAGUCCUCCUGGAGCCUCUGACUGAUAGUCACCUUCCAGAAGGCUUGUUAAUCUCCCCUGCCCUGGUUCAGGUUACCAGAGGCACGGCUUUUAUACCUGUGGUGAAUGUUGGCACUUCCCCAGUAACCCUCCGUCCCCGCUGUCCCUUAGGGUUACUAUCAACAGCAGAGGUAGUGAGCCUACCAGCAGAGGUCAGCGAGGUAAUUGAAGAGUCUGGCAGAAUCACUGCAACGGUUAAUUUUCAGGAGGGCAAAGUUGGCCCAGUGCAACAGCAGAUUGGAGCUCUUGAUUUGUCUGUCCUUUCAGAUACAGAACAGGUCCAAGUGAGAACCCUGCUAUCAAAAUAUGAAUCUGUAUUUUCUGCUUUUGAGGGUGAUCUUGGCUGUACAAAUCUUAUCUCUCAUAACAUUCCCCUUCUUGAUGAUGUACCUAUAAGGCAAAGGUAUCGACGCAUCCCCCCUUCUGAUUAUGAGGCGGCUAAAGCCCAUAUACACCAGCUGCUGGAGGCCUAAGUUAUUAGGGAGAGUAGCAGCCCCUAUGCCUCCCCCAUUGUCCUGGUCAGAAAGAAAGACGGCAGCCUUCGUCUGUGCGUGGACUACCGGCAGUUAAACAGCAAGACACGGAAGGAUGCCUUUCCCCUUCCUCGUAUAGAGGAAUCUCUGGAUGCCCUGUCUGGGGCAAAGUGGUUUUCCACGAUGGACUUGAUCAGUGGCUAUAACCAGGUACCAGUAGCUGAGGAGGAUAAACAAAAGACUGCUUUUUGCACCCCGUUUGGCUUAUUCGAAUUCAACAGAAUGCCAUUCGGGCUAUGUAAUGUACCUGGUACAUUCCAGCGCCUUAUGGAAAGGAUGUUUGGGCCUCAGCAUUGCCAGUCUUUAUUAUUGUAUCUUGAUGAUAUCAUUGUCUUUUCCUCCAGUGUGGGAGAACAUUUGAGCCGGUUGGACCUCGUGCUGAGCCGUCUACAGCAGGAGGGACUCAAGGUCAAACUGGAGAAGUGUUCCUUCUUUAAAAAGGAAGUACAAUAUCUGGGGCACUAUAUCUCCGAGGAAGGAGUGUCCACUGACCCGACCAAGAUCUCAGCUGUUGCAAACUGGCCUAAACCCACUACUGUCUCUGAACUCAGGUCUUUCUUGGGUUUUGCCAGUUAUUACAGACGUUUUGUGGAGGGGUUCUUCACACUGGCUGCUCCACUGCACCGCCUGGUGGCUGAACUCACUGGGGUGAAAACUCACAAGGGCCAGAGUGUGUUGCUGGGAGAAACUUGGUCGGACAGUUGUGAGAAGAGCUUCCCAGGGAUAAAGUCCCGACUAGUGAAUGCACCUGUUUUGGCCUUUGCUGAUUUCUUCCUCCCUUUUAUUCUAGAGGUCGAUGCCAGUCACAGCGGGUUGGGUGCCGUCCUGUCACAGGAACAGGAUGGGAAAGUGAGACCCAUUGCCUAUGCCAGCCGAAGCCUCCACCCAGCAGAAAAAAAUUAUUCUUCGAUGAAACUGGAGUUUCUCGGCAUGAAGUGGGCAAUGACUGAAAAAUUCAGGGAAUACCUGUGGGGCCAAAAAUGUGUUGUGUGGAUGGACAAUAACCCCCUCAGUUACUUGGACACUGCUAAGCUGGGGGCGACUGAACAGCGUUGGGUUGCUGAAUUGUCUGCAUUUGACUACAGUGUGCGGUAUCGCCCAGGCCGCGUCAAUAAAAAUGCAGACGCUCUGUCAAGACUACCCAUCACUUCGGCCGCCCAGACGUUGGACCAAACACUACCAGGAACGGCUGUGCCUGUGGCCUUACAACAAGCGGCUGUUGGGGGUGAGAUCAAGCAAGCCUCCCUAUCUGCUGUUACUGCCUUACCCUCUCGCUCCUAUGCUGAUCUGCAGCUACUACAGCAGGCUGAUCCAGCUAUAGGUACCUUCCUUCGGUUCUGGCGGGAGCAGAGGACACCAAGUCAAACGGAGAGGCAGGGGCUGAGCUCUCAAGUUCGUGGACUAGUUCAGCAGUGGGGUCGACUGGUCCAAAGAGGUGGCCUCCUGUACCGAAAAAUUUUCCGUCCAGAUGGAGGGGAGGAAGUUUACCAGCUUCUGUUGCCGGAGAGCCUCAAAGAGGAGGUGAUGAAUGAGCUCCAUCAGAACCAUGGCCAUCAAGGGGUAGAGCGGACCACUGAGCUGGUGAGGCAGAGGUGCUACUGGCCAGGGAUGAGUAAGGACAUUCAUGAAUGGUGUGGCAAAUGUGAACGCUGUAAUCUGGCGAAGUCCACCCAACCCCAGGUCCGAGCUCCCAUGGGUCAUCUGCUGGCUGCAGCGCCAAACCAAAUCCUAGCCAUUGACUUCACCCUGCUGGAUCCUUCCCGGGAUGGUAAGGAGAACAUCUUAAUGACUGAUGUCUUCUCAAAAUUUACACAGACUGUACCUACUAAGGACCAGAGGGCUUCUACAGUAGCCCGAGUACUGGUGCAGGAGUGGUUCUACCGUUAUGGGGUUCCAGCGAGGCUCCAUUCAGACCAGGGGAGGAACUUUGAAAGCGCCCUAGUCCAGCAGCUGUGUGAACUGUACGGGGUAGAGAAGACUUGUACUACUCCUUACCAUCCCCAGGGCAACGGUCAGUGCGAAAGGUUCAACAGGACUCUGCACAAUCUGCUGCGCACCCUCCCACCGGCGCAAAAGUGCUACUUGUCACAGUUCCGCUCCUCUGUCCUGUCUGUCUGUCUGGUUGUCUCCCGUCCUCUCCUCUGCCCUGUCUCUGUCUGGUUGUCUCCCGUCCUCUCCUCUGCCCUGUCUCUGUCUCUGUCUGGUUGUCUCCCGUCCUCUCCUCUGCCCUGUCUCUGUCUGGUUGUCUCCCGUCCGCUCCUCUGCCCUGUCUCUGUCUGGUUGUCUCCCAUCCUCUCCUCUGCCCUGUCUCUGUCUGGUUGUCUCCCGUCCGCUCCUCUGCCCUGUUUGUCUGGUUGUCUCCCAUCCGCUCCUCUGCCCUGUUUGUCUGGUUGUCUCCCAUCCGCUCCUCUGCCCUGUCUCUCCCCCUACAGCUCGGUGCCUGAGUGGAGUCUAGCUUCUCAGCUGACUCCACUCAGGUAAUCAACUACCUGCACGGCUCCCGGACAGCUGACGAUCAUUCACUAACGACUCACCUCUGCAAUAAAGACCGGCUCAGCCUUCCACUCCCUGCCAGAGCGUUAAACAAGAACCAUGCAGUUCAGUUUGCUCUCGAGCCCUUUUAACAAAUCCGCUUGAGUUUCUGCCUGUUUUCUAACGUUGUUUUUUCCUGCUCCUCGUCCUCAGUUCUGCUGUCCGGGAUCCCCCGCCAUCCUCAUUCCCCUCCGGCUUCCCCCCGACAGUCGUCACCGGUUACUCCUGCCUGGACCCCCACUCCUGCCUGGACCCUCCACUCCUGCCUGGACCCCCCACUCCUGCCUGGACCCCCCACUCCUGCCUGGAACCCCCCUGCUCCUGCUCCCUGGCUUUCCCCAUCCACCAUUAUUCAUCCCCUCCAAUAAAUCAUUCUACAUCUCCUCAGGUCUUGGAUGCGUGGCUCUCUGCUCGGGUCCAACCCGCUCGUUGUAUGACAGAACGCUCUGGCCAUACAUGGACCCGGAGAACUCACCGCCAAGGCCGGACCGGCUCACUCCACCCGAUAUCAGGCAAGUCCACCAAACCCUCCGUCAACUCACGGUCAAUUACCAGAAGGUGCUCAGUCAACUCACUGUUUUAACCGGCCAGGUAUCCCAGGUAGCUCCUGAUCCAGCCCUGUUGGUUCAAUACAACCAAGCCUUUCAGGAUGUUGCCGCCAUUAAGGCACAAUUGAGCCAAAACAUCGCCCUGCUCGCUCAAAUUUUCUCAUCUUCAGCCCUGCCUGCGCCAUCUUCCCCCUCACCAGCCCCAGACCCAGCCAACACCCAGACCCUAACCUAUGACACCUCCUCUCCCUUCUGGGGAACCCGACUAGCCUUCAAACCACCAUCUAAGAAGCAGCGUGUCCCCCGGAAAGGAGACACCCAGUCCCCGCCAACCGUGGAGCCGGCCAUUGAGCGACCUGGCCGCCAAGGACACCACACCAGGAGGUGCCGUGGCUCCCGGGAUCUUGCCCCAUCAAGGCCCCUCUUUGACCCUCCACCCGUUGUCCACAUGUCGUCCAUCCUCCUGUCUCCUGUUUCCCAGAAUCAGACCUUCAACCGGACCUCCGUUCCUCACAAUCAGACCCAAACCCAAGACACGCCCUGGGACAUCUUCUCCUCCUGCGAUGAGCACAGCGUUUAUUUCAACGCGCUAUACGAGUUGUGGGAAAAGUGGAGGGAGGAUCCCCAAGACGCAAGCAUAACCCUGGGCCGCAAGCUAGCAGGCCAGCGACCCGGAUUAGCCAACCACUUACCUGCUUACAUCCGUGACUUCUUGAGUGCUCCUCUGAGCGACCCGCCUACUGGCUCCCCUGGCAGCCAACCGGGCCCUGUCUCCCUGCCGCCCAUAGAACCACCUGCCAAGCGGCCUGGCCGUCGAAGACGCGAGGCCAGGAGGCACCGUGGCCCCCCGGCUCCAGUCCCCGCGGUGGUCGACGACGCUCCGCCCCCAGUUCCCGUGGAGGUCGACGACGCUCCGCCCCCAGUUCCCGCGGAGGUCGAUGACGCUCCGCCCCCAGUUCCCGCGGAGGUCGAUGACGCUCCGCCCCCAGUUCCCGCGGAGGUCGACGACGCUCCGCCCCCAGUUCCCGCGGAGGCCGUCGACGCCCCGCCUCCGCUCCCUGGAACCUCAGCAACCUUAAAAGGGACUAAGGUCUUCCCCGAGUCCAGGAAGAGGCUUUGCGCCUCCCAUCCUGCGCCGCCCCCGGAGGGGCCCCUGGAUCCUGCGCCGCCCCCGGAGGGGCCCCUGGAUCCUGCGCCGCCCCCGGAGGGGCCCCUGGCCCAGUGUUCGGUCCUGCCCCCGGAGGACCCAUCGGACCUGGCUCUGCCUCCAGCCCGGCCCCUCUGCCCUGUCCGCCCCCCGGGCUGUCCGCCGGAGCGGCCCCUCUGCCCUGUCCGGCCCCGGAGCCGUCCGCCGGAGCGGCCCCGCCUGUCUGUCCGGCCCCCGGGCCGUCCGCCGGAGCGGCCCCGCCUGUCUGUCCGGCCCCCGGGCCGUCCGCCGGAGCGGCCCCGCCUGUCUGUCAAUCCCCAGGACCGUCCUCUGGAGCAGUCUAUACCGGCUUUACCGCCCCCGGGCCGUCCCCCCGAACGAUCCACCCUGUCUGUCAAGUCCUGGCCCGUCCGGCCUCCAGGCCACCCUCUGAAGCGGGCCCUCCGCCCGGUCCGGUCUCGGCCUGUCCCGCCUUCGGGCCGUCCCCCGGAGCGGUCCCUCCGGCCCACUCAUCCCCGGCCUGUCCAGCCUACGGUCCGUCCUCCGGAGCGGACCCUCCGCCCUGUCCAUCCCCGGCCUGUCCAGCCUACGGUCCGUCCUCCGGAGCGGACCCUCCGCCCUGUCCAUCCCCGGCCUGUCCAGCCUACGGCUCGUCCUCCGGAGCGGACCCUCCGCCCUGUCCAUCCCCGGCCUGUCCAGCCUACGGUUCGUCCUCCGGAGCGGACCCUCCGCCCUGUCCAUCCCCGGCCUGUCCAGCCUACGGUCCGUCCUCCGGAGCGGACCCUCCGCCCUGUCCAUCCCCGGACAGUUCUGCCUUCGGGCCGACCCCCGGAGCUACUGUCUGGCCAACCUAGUCCCCGUCCUGCCCUGUUCUCAGUUCAGUCCAGUCCUCAGCUUCGCUCAGCUCAGUCCAGUCCAGUCCUCAGCUUCGCUCAGCUCAGUCCAGUCCAGUCCUCAGCUUCGCUCAGCUCAGUCCAGUCCAGGCCAGGCCUUUCCUUCGCUCAGCUCAGUCCAGUCCAGGCCAGGCCUUUCCUUCGCUCAGCUCAGUCCAGUCCAGGCCAGGCCUUUCCUUCGCUCAGCUCAGUCCAGUCCAGGCCAGGCCUUUCGUUCGCUCAGUCCAGUCCAGGCCAGGCCUUUCCUUCGCUCAGUCCAGGCCCGUCCAGUCCUGCCCUCAGUUCAGUCCGGUCCAGUCCCCGUCCUGCCCUGUUCUCAGUUCAGUCCGGUCCAGUCCCCGUCCUGCCCUGUUCUCAGUUCAGUCCAGUCCAGUCCUCAGCUUCGCUCAGCUCAGUCCAGUCCAGUCCUCAGCUUCGCUCAGCUCAGUCCAGUCCAGGCCAGGCCUUUCCUUCGCUCAGCUCAGUCCAGUCCAGGCCAGGCCUUUCCUUCGCUCAGUCCAGUCCAGGCCAGGCCUUUCCUUCGCUCAGUCCAGGCCCGUCCAGUCCUGCCCUCAGUUCAGUCCCGUCCAGUCCUGCCCUCAGUUCAGUCCCGUCCAGUCCUGCCCUCAGUUCAGUCCCGUCCAGUCCUGCCCUCAGUUCAGUCCCGUCCAGUCCAGUCCUGCUCUCAGUUCAGUCCCGUCCAGUCCAGUCCAGUCCUGUCCAGUCCUGCUCUCAGUUCAGUCCUGUCCAGUCCAGUCCAGUCCUGCCCUCAGUUGAGUUCAGUCCUGUCCAGUCCUGCCCUCAGUUGAGUUCAGUCCUGUCCAGUCCUGCUCUCAGUUCAGUUCAGUCCCGUCCAGUCCAGUCCAGUCCUGCUCUCAGUUCAGUUCAGUCCCGUCCAGUCCAGUCCAGUCCUGCUCUCAGUUCAGUUCAGUCCCGUCCAGUCCAGUCCAGUCCUGCUCUCAGUUCAGUCCUGUCCAGUCCAGUCCAGUCCUGCUCUCAGUUCAGUCCUGUCCAGUCCAGUCCAGUCCUGCCCUGAGUUCAGUUCAGUCCUGUCCAGUCCAGCCCGGCCCAGUCCUGUCCCUAGCUCCGCUCAGUCCAGCCCGGCCCAGUCCUGUCCCUAGCUCCGCUCAGUCCAGCCCGGCCCAGUCCUGUCCCUAGCUCCGCUCAGUCCAGCCCGGCCCAGUCCUGUCCCUAGCUCCGCUCAGUCCAGCCCGGCCCAGUCCUGUCCCUAGCUCCAGUCCUGCCCGGCCCAGUCCUUCCCUUCACUCCAGUCCUGUCCAGUCCUUCCCUUCACUCCAGUCCAGCCCUGUCCUUCCCUUCACUCCAGUCCAGCCCUGUCCUUCCCUUCACUCCAGUCCAGCCCUGUCCUUCCCUUCACUCCAGUCCAGUCCAGCCCUGUCCUUCCCUUCACUCCAGUCCAGCCCUGUCCUUCCCUUCACUCCAGUCCAGCCCUGUCCUUCCCUUCACUCCAGUCCAGUCCUGUCCUCAGUUCCGUUCAGUUCAGCCCAGUCUUAGUUCAUUCCCUCUCCCGUUCUGCCCUUCCUGUCCUUUUGGUUCCUUCCGCUCUGUCUGGUCCCUGUGUUUGUCUGUGUGUCUGUCUGCUCCCUGGUUGCCCCAGUGGGCCCCUCGUUGGUUCGGUCCAUGGGGCGCCGGGAGGCGCCCGUUGAGGGGGGGGUACUGUCACAGUUCCGCUCCUCUGUCCUGUCUGUCUGUCUGGUUGUCUCCCAUCCUCUCCUCUGCCCUGUCUCUGUCUGGUUGUCUCCUGUCCUCUCCUCUGCCCUGUCUCUGUCUGGUUGUCUCCCGUCCGCUCCUCUGCCCUGUUUGUCUGGUUGUCUCCCAUCCGCUCCUCUGCCCUGUCUCUCCCCUACAGCUCGGUGCCUGAGUGGAGUCUAGCUUCUCAGCUGACUCCACUCAGGUAAUCAACUACCUGCACGGCUCCCGGACAGCUGAUGAUCAUUCACUAACGACUCACCUCUGCAAUAAAGACCGGCUCAGCCUUCCACUCCCUGCCAGAGCGUUAAACAAGAACCAUGCAGUUCAGUUUGCUCUCGAGCCCUUUUAACAAAUCCGCUUGAGUUUCUGCCUGUUUUCUAACGUUGUUUUUUCCUGCUCCUCCUCCUCAGUUCUGCUGUCCGGGAUCCCCCGCCAUCCUCAUUCCCCUCCGGCUUCCCCCCGACAGUCGUCACCGGUUACUCCUGCCUGGACCCCCCCACUCCUGCCUGGACCCCCCCACUCCUGCCUGGACCCCCCCACUCCUGCCUGGACCCCCCACUCCUGCUCCCUGGCUUUCCCCAUCCACCAUUAUUCAUCCCCUCCAAUAAAUCAUUCUACAUCUCCUCAGGUCUUGGAUGUGUGGCUCUCUGCUCGGGUCCAACCCGCUCGUUGUAUGACACUACUGGCCUGAACAUCUCCCCCAGCUCGUGUUCAACUAUAACAGCACAGUCCACCAGUCCACAGGUGAGUCCCCACACUUUAUGUUUGGUCGAGAGCCCCAUCUUCCUGUAGACUUCCUCCUGGGUCACCUCCGUGAACCACAAGCUGGCAGUGUGUGUGACUGGGUGCAGGAACACAAAUGACGGCUUCAGGUGGCUGCUGACUGUGCAAGAGGUCGAAUGGAGUCUGCAGCCAGGCAGAGGAAAGAGCGGCAUGACAGACAACCCCUGAGCGAGCAGCUGGUCAUAAAUCAGGAAGUUUACCUGCGGGACCAUUCUGUCCGGGGCCGACAUAAAAUACAGGACGCCUAUGGGCCUAACGUGUACAAAGUAAUAGAAGCACCCAAAUCGGGUGGAGUAGUCUAUGUGGUAACACCUUUACAUGAGCCAACCCAUGUGAAAUAUGUGCACCGUACUAUGCUGAAACCAGUGCCUUCUCCUCUGUCCCAGCAGCAUGUACUCCCUGACCUUCCUCCUGUCGACAGCGGUGAAAGUGACAGAGGAAAACGACACGGACAUUUUGGUUGUCAGGACAGCACCUUCACACCAUCAGCCCCCCCCCAACCCAGCCAAGCGCUGCAGGUGCAGCACCAGUAACUCUUCCCCAGAUAAAGACGGCCGUGCCUGUGCCCUUGGGCCCCAACAUGACAGCAGCUCCCCUCAGGAGAACCACCAGGACAACAGCUGGCCGGCACCCCAAUAUCCACCAUCUCCCAGCCUCACUACGGAGGGGGGCAGGUGGGGCUGUGCUCUCCCAGGUAGUGGCCUCUAGCAGCAACUUGGUGUUUUUUUUUUUUUU